GGAAUGUGAUGUGUCCCUGUGUCCCCAGGGAAUGUGAUGUCUGGCUCUCCCUCGGGGGUUUCCACGAGCGCGGCCCCGACUGGGACACGACCGGACGGAUCUACAACUGCCACAUCCUGCUGGACAACUCCGGCUCCCUGGUUGCCUCCUACAGGAAGCUCCACCUGUUUGACGUGGAUCUGCCGGGCCGGGUGUCCCUGCGCGAGAGCGGCUUCACCAACCCCGGCCCCGCCAUCGUGCCCCCCGUGGACACCCCCGUGGGCAAGCUGGGCCUGGCGGU